AUAAAUCCAGGGCUGAAUCGAUUUGUGUAAACUACCUACCUUAAUUCUUCAAAGCAGUAAUUUGCUAUACAUAUAAACAGAGAGAGAGAGAGAGAGAGAGGGAAAUGUUGGUUGUUUUAUGUCUUUCUUUCCUUAUUUGCAUGAAUGGCGCCAUCCCUGCAGUUACUGGAACUUCAGACCUGGUACAGCAGAAACCUCAAAGUUACUUAGCUGCAAAAGGAGUUGUCUUGGGCAUGGAAAAAUCUGGUGAUGAUGAGAGUAGAAUGAGACGAAUGGGAAUUGAAGUGAAUGACUACCCUGGUUGGGGGGCUAACAAUCGCCACACACCAAGACCUCAACUAGGAAGAGGCUGCACCGACUGCUAAACCACACACACACAUAUAUAUGGAUUAUAUAUAUAGAUAGAUAAUAUGAAUUUUCGCGUAAAUUUUGCACUCUAUAUUCAGUAAUUUAGUUGAUGAAGUUAAGGUUUCAUUGCCACGAGCUCGUUGAAUUAAUUCCAUUGAUGUGUGGGUACUGUUAACCUUAAUAAUAGCUAUUUAUCUUUGUAAUAGUAGUUAUUGGUUACUAACAACAAUAUUUGGUGCUUAUAAUUAAUAUGUAAAUUGUUGAAGAUUAAUUGAAACUCGUGAUAUAUAUUUUUUUCUACUUA